CACAUUGGCACAGUUGCUCUGGUUACGGGAUGGGCAGAACCAGCGGGACGCGAGCCAUUAAGGAAGUAGCGGAGGCCAUUCACGCCGCUUAUCCAAAUGUUGUUAGCUUUGGGGGUUUGGAAGACCGUCACCGACGCAUGCAGCAAUUCGAGGCGUUGGGGUUUCCGAAUUGUUGGGGCUGUAUUGACUGCACCCAUGUGUAUGUUGACAAACCCCGCUCAAGGGACGGUGAUGACUAUUGCUCCGGUCGACACAACCGGUUCUCCCUCGUGACGCAAGUGGUGGUGGAUUCGGAACUGAAGAUCUUGGACUUCUGCUAUGGUUUUCCGGGGACUGUGGGCGAUGCGCGUGUUCUCAAGAACACGUCAUUGUACAGGCGAGCCCUGAUGGGGUCGUUGUUUUUUGACGAUCCACAAGAUCCGUUCCGUGGCGAACGGUCGUCCAUACCAGGUGUCCCUGGCGGGUACUUGCUCGGCGAUGGUGGGUAUCCCAACCUUCCCUGGCUUGUCAUUCCGUACGGGCGUCAACCGGUGGUCACGCGAGCAAUGCAGCAGUUUGACGCUCUGCACAAGAUAGUGAGGUCUUGCAUCGAGUGGUUCUUUGGUGUGUUCAAGAUGCGCUUCCAGUUCUUUUACCGCCCGCACAUUGCUGACAUCACGAGGGAGAGGCUGAAGUUCCGCGCUUGUUGUAUACUCCACAACGUACUUCAGGAGUGGGGUGACCUGCCGGAAGCGGAGGAUGAGUUGAUGGAUGUUUCGUCUCCGGACAGUCCGCCUCCCGAUGUUGACAGGCAUGUCGACGGUUGUCCGGUGGUGUCCAUGUUCGGUCGGGAACGUGGGCAGGCGGUGAGGGACGCACUGUGCACCGAGGUCCUUCGUUUGUGGGAGGCCCGGCUGGAUGACUAAAACUCCGUUUUCUUUUUUUUCGGGUUUGCAGUGCAGCAAUGCCGUUGGGUUUAGCCAAAACAAAACGGGCGUAGAUGG